AUGGACUCGUCUCUAGUUGAAGAGAUUGCGUCCCUGGAGGAUCUCGCCAGCAACAUCAGCCUGGCCCACAGUUACGGCCUGGCCAUCCAGACCGUUUCUUGGGAGGACACCGCUCGUACCAAGAACAGCUGCUGGGGGCCCAACAUUGCUGACCUCACCCUCCACGUGGCCGACUUUGAUCUCCCGAUGAUCCGCAAGCCCAACUUCGCUGACGUCACCGCUGACGUCCCAAUGAGCUUCUUCAGCGUGACCACCGGCAACGAGAAACCCGCUGGAAACCUAAAGCGGCUCUUCAGCUACCAGGCGCGCCCGGACGACCCCGCCGCUCUAGUUAUCAUGGCGAGCUCCCAGGGGACGUCAGCCCACGUCAUCACUGGAGACGACGACAAGCUGCUCUUCAACCGCGGCGGCGCGGCCGCGAUGUUCCUAGCGAAGCGCCUGUCGCAGGACCGGCGCGAGCGCGGGGUUCCGGAGGCGGGCGCGAUGACAGACGACGAACUAGAUCGGAACGCGCUUCUCCUGUUCCAGAUCCCGCUGAAGCAGCGCCCGGCGCCCAAACGGCGGUACCAUUCUGGGUAUGAAAGCGCCAAAUGCAGUUUCAGAGGCGGCGCGGCGGCCGGGUCCGCGCGCAAAGCAUGCAAACACGCGCGCGAUGCCUCCCCGCGCGCGGGCCUGGAGUACGCGACGCUGCGGGCGUCGGACAAAACGUGCGGCCCCUUCCGGGGUUUGGGAGGGUUUAAGCUCGAGCGCGACGCGCGCUUCCCGAUCCGCGUCACGUUCCAGAUGUAUACGGUGACGGACGACCCGGUUCUGAAGGAGAGCCAAAUAAAAAGUCUGGCGGACAAAAUCGAAAAGGUGUACGCGCGUGGCGAGGAGGCGGGGAGUCUGGUGACGAACAUAACGGAGCGCGCUACAGAGCCGCGCCCGCUCGCGAGCUCCGCCGGAGGGGAGCUCUAG